GAAGCUGGAAUCAGCAAAUGCUAGACAAUUUUGCCCGAUAAAUAACUUUAAAUGAUUAAUUGAUUAUCAUAGUUGUCGAUCAUCUAAUCAAUGUGAGCCCUCAUCACAGGUCAUGACCUCAGUUUGGACAUGGAAGUGAUUUUUCCUUCUCAGAUCGUUUCAUUUGAACGAUUUUUAGAGACAUGAAGCAGUGAAAAUAUCCAAUAUUUCACAAGAUUAAUCAACCUUUUCACCAAGUUCAACUCAUUAUUUUUGCCACGAAGACUGUUAUUGCUUUGCUCUCCCAUCAGCUAGUAUAUUUAUUUUCACUGAAAGCCCCAUCAGACAUCAGUCGAGAGAGUGUGUGUGUGUGUCUGUCAGUAAAAGGGGGUUAAUGAGAUCCAUUAUGAGUGUAUGCAUGUGUGUGUAACCUCUAGUGCAUAUAUCAGAGAUCACAUGAGGAGGAUUUGUCCCUCGCUCUCUCUCCCUCUCUCUGCAUACUUUAGAGCAUCUGAGAGACUCCCAUUUGAUGCAUGCUGACGAGGUGGGUGUAUCCAGCCCAGCCGCUCUGAUGUUAGGAAGCAGCAACUCCUCCAUCCUACUCAGUCUGCUCUCCUGUUUCAGCCAGCCUGUCUGCCCUCUAGCGUACUACUCUCCUUUCACUCACCACUAUUCAUCACCAUCCAGGAUACAUUUACACAAACCCACGCAGGUAGACAGCAUAUUGUCCUAGUGGACUGAAGAGUUUGGCAGAUAGAUACAGAUAUAUGUACAUUACCUCGGAAAAGAGCGAGAAAGUGGGGAUCUGUAGCAGUGAAGCUGAAGUUUUCUCCCCACUACGUUUUGUGUCCCAAAGGAUACCACACACAGCUGCAGAGGAAGCAAACACAAGUCGAUGACUGAGAACUCCGCCUCCCAUGAUGGACAAGAAAAGUGCCAACGGCUUUCAGACCAAAGCCAGUGAGGGUGGUGUUCAGAGGAAGCAGCUGCCCUACUCAGUGGAAACUCCCUAUGGCUUCCAUCUGGACCUGGACUUCCUCAAGUAUGUUGACGACAUUGAAAAAGGCAAUACCAUCAAAAGGGUCCACAUUCAGCGUAGGGUCAAGGGCCCACCCAAAUUCAGCACUCUGCCCAGAAAUUUCAGCCUUCCUGGGCAUGGGGCCAGGCCUGCCCCUAAGGAAAAGGACAGCACAUGGUCUGGAACAUCCACCCUGGGUCCCAAGCCUAAAUCGCGGGUGACAGAGGUCCAACAGAUCUUCGACUUCAGGGCAAGUGAAGGGGGAACUUCCACCCAGAGCAGGGGGACAACCAGUCAGGGAGCUGGCUACGUUUCAGCAAAGCCCAGAGAUGAAGUAGGAGCUGUGGCCCGGGAUGUUGAAGAGAAAACUGGAGGGAUUCAAAGCCGUCCGAACCUGCUCCGAGCAUCAAGCAUGCCCAUCACCCUACCACAGCGGAAAGGUUCUGAUUCAAGCAGUCCAGACCGUGUUGUGGUGACACCAGAGAGUGGCUCGACGGAGAACGUGUUCCGUGCCUCACCGGACAUAACAGAGAGACGGUGUGUUCCUCAGGAUCGGACAGGGCUGCACCAGCAGAUCACAGUGGCACUGAAGCGGGUCAGAGAGCUGGAAGAGCAGGUGAAAACCAUCCCAGAACUCAAGGCUCAGAUCUGCUCACUGAGGGAGGAGAGGGAGAAGCUACUGCGUCAGCUCCAAGCCCAGCUCCAAGCCCAGGCCCAAGCCCAGGCCCAAGCCCAAGCCCAAGCCCAAGCCCAAGCCCAAGCCCAAGCCCAAGCCCAAGCCCAAGCUUCCACAUCAUCCUCUACAAUAGCACCGAAUUCUGAUUCUGGGACACGCACUCAGCAACAAGGACAGAGACCUUCAGAAGGGCUCAACUUAGCUCUGAUGACUCAACCCCUGGGCGGUUUAGACGCUUCAGAGCAUGUGCCAACAAAGCUGGUAACAGGGAAAGGGAAACAAGGUGUUACAGAGAAAAGUAAAAAAGAGAGGGAGAUAAAUCAGGAAUCUUUGAAGAGUUCCUCAGCACAUGGAGAAAUGGGUGGGUUGUCAGAGCAAGAAACCCAGCCGUUAGAAAAAUCAGACAAACAAAAAGAGACAUUAGAGAGUCCACUGGAGCAUGCAGUGCAAAAGCUAUCACGGGACAAUGCAGGACAGGAAUUAACAUCACUUAGGGUGGCUAUAAAAGACUCAGAGACUAGCAGUAUUCAAGACGGUGAUGCAGCAAAAGGAGUCAAACUUGAGGACCAAGAAAGUAUGCAAAGUUUGCAGGAGAAGCUAAUGAUACUGGAGGCUAAACUUACUCAGGCUAGCCAAGACCUGGAGAGAACUAAUAGUCGUUUGAAAGAACAAAUGGAUGAGAACAAGGUAAAAGAAGAGAAGAUACUACAACUGAGUGAUGGAGUGAGAGUGGAGGUGUGUUCUCCAGAAGUACAGAGCAGGCCAAGAAGAGAGAGUAUUGACACAGGAACAGAGACAGAGAAAGUUGAUUUUGCCAACCAAGAGACAGAGACAGAAUCACCUGGUACAGUAGAUCAGGGAACAGAUACAGAUAGGAUCUGUAUUGAAGUGUUUGUACCCUCACCAAUGGCUGGAAGUAUAGAUCAAGGAACAGAGACUCAUGAAUUUGACACACAUGAACAGGUGACCGAGGUGGAGGCAGAAGCAGCUGCUGUGAGCCCACCAAGACCCAGAGCCAACAGUAUGGAACGGGGCACAGUAACCGAGAGGAUCCCCACUCAGGAUCAGACCACCGAGACGCCCGUAGCAGAAAGGGUAAACCAAGUCACAGAGACAGAGGGCGAGACGGCAACAGACCAUCCACAGAGGCCGAGGGCCAGCAGUGUAGACCGUGAGACAGAGACGGAGAGAGUGAACACUGUGGACAGGGUGACAGAGACAGUGGAGGCACAGAGGACAGACCAGCAGACUGAGACAGAGGUAGAAAGACGACAGGAUAACAAUCCAGCCAGAGCUGCAGAAUCAGAGAUUCAAGUGAGAGAAAGUGCAGGCAAUGACAGAGUAGAAGAUGUAGGCGCUGUGGCCAGUCAAAGAGUGGAAGAUAAGGAAGCAAAUGAAAGAAUUCAAAUAGAUAGUGGAGACAGUGAAAGUGUGGUCAUGAAAGUUGUAACAGAGAGUUCAAUUACAGUUCUAGAAAGCAGAGUUGAACAAACUGUAGUUUCAGAUAUUGUAAGUCAGGAUGAAGGGCGCACCAGUCCAGUUGUUACAGCAGAAGAAAGUACAGAAUCUAAGAUUGAAGCAGAACAGAAAGACUCAGAAACAAAAGAAAUUGAACCCCCAAAGAGCGAAGUAACGGAAACGCAGCAGAUUGCACUGGAGACUGUAGAGAAGAAACAAACAGCAGAGGGUGUGAUUGUAAGGGCAACAAUCAAAGAAACGGUGGUCACUGACACGGUUGUAGCAGCAGCAGCAGAGAGUGCAGCUGUGAAGACAGUAGUUCCUGUACGACCCCAGAGAGGCCGGAAGCCCUCAGCAGAGCAGGCACAGCCAGUACCUCCUCAGCUUCAGGCUGCACCUGUGCGUCCUCGUAGGGGAUCCAGUGAAACUCAAGCCAAGCAGCCCCAGCCCCAGACAAAAACCCAGCCCAAGGUGCACGUACAGGAUCCACCUCAACCUGAGGCCGAAAUCCCAACACAGCUCUCUGAACCACAGGUAAAACAAACCCCAUCUCCAUCUCAGGAUCAGGACCCCAUCCUAGCAAAGAAGCCUCCUGGGGAGUCUAGUGAGAAACAACCUAAAUCACAACCUCAGACUGAGACUCAGGGCCCGCCUCCGGGCUCCAGUGAAGUACAAACCCGUCCCAAAUCAAUUCAAGCACAGUCUAAAACCACUGCAACUCGACGGGACUCCAAAGAGCAUAAAGCAUCACAGAGGGGAUCCGGUGUAUCGCAACCUCCUAAUCGUGGAUCAGGAGAAGCCCAGACCCGCCCAACUCGCCAGGGGUCAUGUGACGCCCAACCUCAGUCUCAGGGCUCUCGUAGAAGUUCCAGUGAGACUCAACCCCCUAACAAAGAUGCGAGCGUGACAAAAUCACUGCGCAGAGGCUCCAGCGAAACAGCCCAACGUCGUGGUUCAACUGAAACCGGUCGGGAUGCUGGCGAGGCCCAGCCUCCUCGCAGAGGCUCCGGUGAGUCACCAACAUCGCCUGCGGCUUUGGGCCAAGUCGUAACCCGGAUAACGGGGCUUCUGGGCGAGCAGUGGGCACAGCUGGGGAGCAGCUCUGGAACUCAACAGACGGCCAGCCAGCAGGAAAGCCCCAGCACACAGAAACAGACGGCAGGGAAAAGAGCAGAGGCAGGGAAAAGAGCAGAGGCAGGGAAAGGAGCCUCGGCCAAGCCUGCAGGGAAGGCAGUCCCUGCAGCAGCAACAGGGAAACCAGCAGGGAAGCCUGGUCCAUCCAAAAUGAGCUCCAUUCAAAGUCAACUGGUCAGCUCCCUCAGUGUCCUCUCUGCCUUCUACUCCCCAGCCCAGAAAGCAGCUGCUGCCAGCAAACAGCAAGAUCAAGGUCUCAAAUCUAUUAUGAAGAAAAAUGGUGUUGCUGACAAGCAAGGGAGCAAGGGAGCCAAGAAAAACCUGAAGUUUGUUGGGGUGAAUGGAGGCUAUGAGUCCACAUCCAGUGAAGAGUCCAGUGGAGAUGAGAAGUCGAAGGUGGAGGUGGAGGUAGAGGUGGAGGAGGAAGACAGCUCAGAACCAGAGGUAGAGAAGGAAAAGGAGACGGAGCCUCAGCCGGCAGAGAAGCCUGAAGAGGGAUCAGAGACCAAGCAGAAGGAUGAAGAGGUCUCAGCCGAGGGAGGAGGUGAUGUGGCUGCAGAGAAGGAGGCUGAACGAGGCCUGCUGGAUCCAGAAGGCAGCCUGGAAGACCAGGCUGAAGGGGAGAAAGUUGACCAGGGGUUUAUAGACGCCUGCCUCUAUGUAAAAGACCGCAUGGAAGAGGUUUCAUCCCCAGAUAAAGAAAUGCGCCAGGUUUUAGUGGUGCUCUACCAGGAGUGGUUCAAGAUCUCCAGUCAGAAAGACUCGCAGGCCGAUACCGUCAGAUUAUACCUGCGACAAGUGGGCUUGACCACACCCACUCUCCUGCCAUACGUGGUUAACUUGACCGACGGCAACGGGAAUAUGGCCCUCCAUUACAGCGUGUCGCAUUCAAACUUCCCUGUUGUCAAACUGCUGCUGGACACUGGUCUAUGCGAGACAGACAAUGUGAACAAGGCGGGCUAUACGCCAGUGAUGCUCGCUGCACUGACGGCUGCUGAGAGCUCUGAUGACCUGGAGGUGGCGCAACAACUGUUGAAACUAGGUGACGUCAACGCAUGCUCCAGACAGGCAGGUCAGACGGCGCUCAUGCUUGCGGUGUGCCACGGCCGCGUUGCCAUGGUGAAGCUGCUCCUGAGCUGCGGUACGGAUGUAAAUGCCCAGGACCGCGAGGGCUCCACGGCCCUGAUGUGUGCCAGUGAACAUGGACACACAAACAUCGUUCGUAUGCUGCUGGAGACAGGUCGCUGUGACACCAGCCUCAUAGAUAAGAAUGGACAGACAGCCCGGUCGGUGGCAGAGGCAGCCUCCCACCAAGAGAUAAUUGACCUCCUGAAGGCCAACGCUGAGCCCUCUGAGCCCUCGUCUACCACAGACCUCCUCUGAGCCAUGGCCAUCCUGUUUACUUCUCCCCACCACUCCAGCUCGCCAACCCCCCAAUCCUUCAAUUUCCCUCUGCCCACCAACAAAGAGGGACAUGUGGUGACACCAUACAAGACUCUGUAUGGAAAAAAAGUGGGUGAGCUGCUCUGUUUACCGUGGAACUACAUAGAAACCUCUGACACUGGAGUGUAUGCCCACAUUUUUCCUCCACAUCUCUGCCAACAUGCCCCGUGGGUGUUUAUGGAUAUGCUGCAUCAACCACUCGGUGGACAGACAACAAACGGGGCCUGGUAGAAUUGAUGAUAAGACGUGGCCAUGACGACAAGUGUGAUUGACAGGAUAUUCCAAGAGGGAGCAGGGACGGACGAACUGGCAAGCAGAUGAAGAGACACUCUGACGAACUGCUGCUUCUUAUCAUCAACUAGCUCUUCAAGCAAAAUACUAAGCACAUGAUCUACCUUUCAGAUAUAUUAAAUAUGACAUUAUUUCUAUUUUUUUCCUUCAUGACAUCGACAUCAUUCUUUUCAUAUUUGGACAUAAGCCAUUAUUGAGAACAUAGUAUAUGUAGAAUGUUAUUCUAACAGAUUAUAAUCAUGAACAAACACAGAAACUGUAUUUUCUACUGCACUUUUCUAUUGUGUUUGUGUACAGUAGAUAGUCCUCUCUAAUAUCGGUGUCCACAAGAAGCUAUAUAUCUCCAAAAGUGUGAAUUAUAGAGUAGAACGUCUGGUGAAAUUCCCCAUCAUUCAGUGGAUAUUUAACAAUAUUUAUUAAUGUAUUGUUUUUGCCAUAGUAAUGAUAUGUUUCGCAUACGGGGACAUGGGUGAUCGUCAUGUGUGAAUUAUUGGAAAACAAAUGGUUUAGUUGGAGGUAAAAUGUUUCUGUUGGACACAAAAGAAAUGAUUUUUAUAAUUACAUAUAUAACCAGAUUAAAGAAAGUCUUCUAAUAAGAAGUCCUGUUCAGAAGGUGCUGCAUGCCAAUACACAGUUACUCCCCCUACUGUCUGUCCUAUAGUACUAAACAACAGUAUGUUGUAAUACUGUCUGUUCUCAUGAUUAACAUCUCUCUCUCUCGUCCUCCGUCCCUCAGUUCAAAUAUAACGUGUGUCUUGUUCGCCUGCUCGUUUAAAAAUCAAAUCCUGUAUGCAACUGCUACGAAAUGCACAAUGAAUGUCAGGCUGGCUGUGAUACAUUCCAAGAAAACUAUGUAGCAAGUCUAACUAUAUACUGGCAUGGAUCAUGGGACUAACUGAGACAUAGGCUGGCUGACAUAGGAAUGAAUAUUUUUACCAUGUGCGACUAAAGACACUUAAUCUCUAAGAAAAUCUUGAUUAUGAAGAUCUGAUCUGCCUGUCUUUAAGUUACUAACACUGGUUCCCUUUGUUCCUGCCUCAAGGCACUCGUAUUUCAAAAAUGGUAAAGAUGUUAAAACCGAAAGCAAUGGGCUGUUGAUGGCUUGCAGUCCUAAAAGAAGCAAUAUUAAUGAAAAUACUACCUGUUCAAUCAGAAGCUAGAGAGGGAGUGGCUUUGGUCUAGCCUUAAUAGAUGACCGUCCUACAUUUUAGAGGUUAAAUGUGUUCCAGGUCUUUUUCUUCUUCUCUCCACAAGCGUACACCCAUAUUCCUAUAAAGUAUCUUAAAAACAGGA